AUGCAAGUUUUGCUUCGCGCCCGUUCUUCUUGCCAUCGACGGUCUCGUGAACAAAGCACUACAGAAGAUUUGCAGAAACCUGGAGCCAUGAAACUUCAACGCCUAAGCUCCGAUAUAAUCAGCAAGCUUCCUCUAAACACAAUUGACAAAAUUCUCACUCUUAUGCCAAUACGCGAUGCAGUGAGGACGAGCAUUCUGUCAAGGAAAUGGCGGUAUCGUUGGACAAAGAUACCUGUACUUGUAUUUGAUGACAAGCUUGUUAAUGGAUCAUAUAGAAGAAGACAACUUAAAAGAUAUAAGCUUAUCAAUUCCAUCUUUCUUGUUUUGUUACUGCAUAAGGGUCCCAUAUUGGAUUUCAGUAUCUCUAUUGGUGAUAGAGAAACUGUUAAUGAGCUUGACCAGAUAAUCCUCCAUCUUUCAAGGAGCAACAAUAGCAAGAAAUUCAACUUUAAGUUGUGUUUAGCUGAACGCUUCGAGAUCUACAAGAUACCCUCUUCGUUCUUUUCAUUGCAAGGAUUAGAACACCUAGAUCUUACAUAUUGUGCUUUUGAGCUUCCUUCAAUCUUUCAUGGAUUUAUUUUCUUGAAAAGCCUGAGGUUUCGCAAUGUUGAGAUAGCUGCCAAAAUGCUUCAAAAACUACUUACCAGGUGCCCACUGCUUGAGAAAUUUAUACUGAUUGAAAAUCAAGAAGGCUUUACUACAGGAGGAGACACAUGUACAUUUAUCGAGCUGUUUGAGUGUCUACCUUCGAUUCAGGUUCUGAAAAUCUCUGAGACUUAUAUCAAGCACUUUGCUGCAGGUGGUAUGCCACAAACGCUCCCCACUCCACUAAUCCACCUAAGGAUACUUGUUUUCAAUGUGUGUUUUCUGGAAAAAGAUGAGCUUUCUUCUGUUCUUUGUGUGAUCAGCAGCUCCCCUAACCUGGAGAAGAUAAGAAUGGAGAUGUCUAGCAACGAUAAGUUGUCUGCUCAAGAAACUUCCAACAACUUCCUUGAUCUUCAAGACUACUCGGGUCUCAAGUUGAAUCAUCUUAAAGAACUGGAGAUAACAAGAUUCAGUAUUUUGGCUCUUGAGAUGGAGUUUCUGAAGCUCAUCAUGGUAAUUUCAACUGUCCUCGAGAAAGCACGAAUAGAGCUUAAUCCAAAUGUUUCGGUUGACCAAGAACUCAAUUUGCUUCGAGAUUUGGUACGAAUGUCAUUUCCAAGGGCAUCACCAGCAGCAGACGUCAUUAUUGAACGCCCCAACAAAUCUAGGAGUAAAUGCAAGUAACUUUUGGUGAUUCCAACUUGAUUGCUGGUUAAAAAAUAUGGUUUUUGAAACUGUUAGAAUUAUAAUCUAGACUUGAUCUAGUCGGGGUAGUUAAUUUAGUUAUUAUAACCGUCAUAUUGGUAGUUAUUUGGCGGCUAUUUUGUAUGUCUAUAUAUGUGUACAAAAACAAACCUGUG